AUUACGUCAUAACUGCGUGUCAAACACGCACGCGGCUCUUGCUACAGCGGUGGUUUGUCAAAGUCAACGUUUUCUCUGGUGUUUUAAACCUUUUGCAGCAAUAAGCAUGGAUUAUUUUUGCGCAGAUUCGUAGCUGCAUUUCAGCGUUUGGCUGUUAAGAAAAAACAAUCAUGUAACUUGUCGUUAUUGGAAACAUUAUGCACAACGGGGCUCGAUACCUCAUCUUUUUUCAGUACAUAGGCACAAAAUACAGCGGUGUAGUGAAAGUUCCUCCCCAGCAGAUGGUUAAAAAGGGAGUUCAGGAUCACAUAGAGGAAGCGAUUCAGAAGUUGAAGCCCGUCAAUUCUGCGUCCCUGUCGGUGUCGAGCAGGACUGACACAGGUGUGCACGCCCUCUCCAACUCUGCCCACUUUGACCUCCAGCGCAGGAACAACAAGCCACCUUUUGCUGAAGACCUUCUCGUCGAAGCCCUGAACUACCACCUGCAGACGGAGCAGAUCAGGAUCAACCAAGCUCACCGCGUUGCAGAUGACUUCCACGCCCGGUACCGCGCACAGUCGCGGACCUACGUCUACCGCGUAGCACUUGGUGUCCGCCACCGCACUCUGCUUCCUCUCACUGAGUCCAACCUCUGCUGGGACAUCCAGGACACAGAGUUAGAUGUGGAAGCCAUGCGUGAGGCGGCUGCUGUGUUGAUCGGGACCCAUGACUUCAGCAGCUUCAGGGCAGUGAACUCUGACAUGACCUUCAAAAACCCCGUCAAGACGUUGGAUGUGGCCUCUAUACAGCUGGGAAACUCUUUUGCAAGCACGUACUUUCACAGACAGGUAUCAUUCUUGGAGCUGACCUUCACGAGUCGUUCCUUUCUCUAUAAACAGGUACGCCGGAUGACGGGGGCCCUCGUUGCUGUAGGCAGGGGGCUGCUGACCGUGUCCCAGCUCAGAGAUUUACUGGAGGCUAAAGACAAUCUGGCCUACCCUCAGAAUCUGGUCGCUCCGGCCCAUGGUCUCUUUCUCACCCAAGUGGCGUACAGAGAGUCAGACUUGCCUUUACGACAAGCGUUGUGCACCGACAACUUCAAGGACUGAUGCAAAGAUGCUUUGCUUCUUAUGAACCACUGGAGCAAAGACUUUUGUGUAUACAUGUUCAUAUAGGAGACCCAUUUUCAAGUCAGUUUUCUCACACAAAGAAUAAAUGCUAAAUGAACAUCUACUUUUCUUUAAUUCAACAUGUUAAGAAUACAUAACUGUGUGCAUGAACACGGCUCAGACCUAUCAUGGUCUCCAUUUUAGCCCAGUUAUUGGUUGUGUACAUGAUUCAGGUUAUGCAGAUCAUCAGUUAUUAAAGAUGUACAACACAUGGGGAGGGGGGGGGGUGUUAAACUCCAUAACCAAAACUGCAGUUUCCAUUAAUGUCAUAUAGUGGUGUUAUACAAUAUUAACCAACAAAACGCACACUCCAUUAGUGUACACAUCUGAGUGUCCAAACAAACCUACAUUCCUCACAGACUUGUGUAUUUGUAGCAUUUCUUUUCUCCUCAUUUUGUGUCUUAUUUCAGCAAAAGUUCCACAUUUCAGUCCAAUGACGUUGAGACUUCCAGCCAGAACACGUAUGAGGUUCAUCGCAGGCUCAGUGGAGACGGCGGCCGUCAUUUUCAAAACCACACUCCCUAAGCGAACCAACCAAUGUGAGGUUUUUCUGAUUGAUGCCGUCAAAACGAAACCCAGAGGAGUGCUUUUUGCACUUCUCAGAAGUGCUGGGAAAAAUAAUUCCACUCCUUUUGACGUAAAAAUUAUAUGUACACAAGUACAAGUAUCCCGUUUCUGACUGUGUUGGAGCAACACAGCUAAUCUGAUUAGCAUAGGUCCUCAAGUCAAUUCAGCAUUUGGUUUCAGAAGAGAAUCAAACACAUCCUAAAGUCACUUAGAUUUCAAUGUAUAAUCAAAAUUUCAAGUCUUCCAGAGUAUGAAACCAAUGUUUUAUAGCAGUAACAAAACCAUAUCUGUAUAUAAUGCACUUGAGGAAGGCCUUGCGUUUUUUUGGGUGACGGAACAAUGAAGUUUACUUAAAUUAAAGUGGAAAUCCUGAUGAAGAAAACAUGAGACACAGAAAAAUUCUUGGUGAUCCGUUUGAGGUAAAAUGAGUUUUUAUGAGUGACAAAAGAAAAAGAUAAAAAUGGCUGAAGUGGCUAAAACAUUUUUAUGAUUUGUAGUUAGCAUGGUGUCUUUACGCAGCCUUUUCCAUUUCUUUUGGCAAUUUGAUCCACACACCCUGAUACUAAAGAUGAGGUUUAUAUCUCAGCAUUAAUUUGUGUCACGUUGAUUACAGGUUGAUAGUUUUUUUAAAGUUUGCAUAGACCCAUAAAACCAUCAGAAACCCACUCAGGGCAGUAAAACCCAACUUCACCCUUUGCACUGGCGUCUGGGAGUUGUGACAGAGCACAAUGAAAGCAUUGAACAGUCCCCCUUGAUUCAGUUACAUUCAAUCACAUUACGUUUUUGUAAAUGAAAUAAUUUGGUGGCACAUAAAAAGCAUAUUUUCUAUGCAGAUUUCAGCCAAAGCUGCACGAAGAAAACCUUUAAGAGGGUUUGGGGGUCUGCCUGCUUUAACCGCCUCACAGAACGCAACAAUAAACUCAAACAUUUUAUUCAAAGUAGUACAAAGAGUGAAACGGGGCAGAAUUUAAAAAA